AUGAAAAAUUUAGUAUAGAAUGUGCAAAUAUAGAAAGUUAUCAAAACAAUAAAUGACUUAAGAGAGACAAUGGAUAAGAGAAUAUCAAUAUCAUUAGGAUUAGGUAUUACUAUUGCAGUGAUUGGAUUCAAAUUAUUAAGAAAUAAAGGAGAUAAUUAACAAUCGCCAUAAUAGACAUCAGAAGUUGUCGAGAAAUAAUCAUAAAAUUCGAAUAAUUCUGAAGAGAAUGAUAUUAUUGAAAUUGAAGAAAACAAACAAUUAGAAAAAUAACAAUAAUAAUAAAAGCAAAGUGAACCAAGAUAAAAGAAAAAACAAAUUAUAUAAAAAAUUAACCAAAAAACAAAAAAAUAAUUUUAAACAGAUAAUGAGAUGCCUGCCCCUAAAAUAAUAUUGGAAAAACAAAAUUCUAUAAAGUAGGAGAGAAAUGCAGAUGAUAAAUUAUUUUUCUAAAUUUACUAAAAAAUGAACUAAGAAGUAUCAAAUGAGGAUUCAUGA